CACCAGGACUUUCCUCUGCGAACGCUGAGUAAGUAGCGUGAGAACAUGGCGUCCAACAUCCGCGCCCGCCGUGUCGGAGAGCCGUCUCUCGUGCAGCGCGGGCCGUCACCCGAGAGAUACGGCGGCUCACUCACGGCCAUGAGUUCAGCAUGGAAACAGCUGGGACAGGCCAAGUCUGUGCUAAGGCGAGCGGAGAACAGGAUCGAAGAUGCAGAAAAUUUCAAGAUGGACGCCAGCCACAAUGGGACAGACGAGGCGGCGGGGAGGUACAUGUUACCGGGCGGGGUCAGCCUGUCGUCACGGCGACAUGACAGGGAGCCUACCGACAGGAGCGUGCUGAUGGACCACAUCCCGUCCUACCAGAUCACUGCUACAGGGUAUCCGGAGAGCACCACAGACUACAGAAGCAGGGACAGGUUUCCCAGAGACAGACCUGAGGUUACCAGUAACCCUGCACACAGGAAAGUCAGCAGGAGGGAUGGAAAGUACACAGACCACCUCUACCAGCCCACAUCCAGAACUAGCUACACGACCCCUGGGCUGACCUCCGACCUGACCUCUGACCUGACCCGACCUCAGCGGGAGUACAGAUCUCGCAGCCCGGUGGGAAUCCCGGACAGGUCCAAACGGGUGGAGUUCCGGGAUCCACUCGAGUCCUACCGCUCGGCCGUCGACCCACAAUCCUCGCUGCACGGCAGCUCUGAUGACAUCAUCGCGGGGAACAGCGGGUACGGGAGUGCGGCGUACGGAACAGCCAACAUGGCGCCGACGUAUACGGUUACGGAUCUCUCCAGAAACACGAGAGACGACCGGGCGGACUCGAGCGUCGUGGAGUCCAGCACAAACGUGAAGGUUCUAAACGACACGUCCGCUCGUGUUGGAGCCGAAGGUUUGUUGUUAGAUGGUGAAACAACGUCACCAUCGAGACUGAACCACUCGGGUGCUUUGUUCUCUUCUGCAAGGGAUAGAAUUCGCGCAGAGGACAGAUACACUGCUGACACCGGUACCGGAGAACACAGGACAACAUCAGACAUGUACAGCCGAGGGAUUUCCAAUGUGACAAACCUCCUGCCUGACAGACCAGACAUCGGCAGCCCGGUGGCACAGAGCACACAGAAGAGUCCGUCAGCAGACAGACCACCUGACCUGUACCGUCCUGACGAGAUGUCAGCCGAGGCUCUCACCAGGACCAAGAGUCCUGUUCGCAAGUUUGAGGUGGUCCAGAGGAAGAAGAAGGAGCUGGGGGGUUCUGAUGGUCUGGAGAAGCUGAAGGAGAGAAUCCGUAAGCAGAGGAAAGAAGCAGGAGCGGAGGAUGUAGGGUCUAUCCCUGCCAGGAGAGGUUACUCCGCGGAGCGGGAGGACCUGUCAGCACGCAGACUACACUCCGCAGAGGAACCUGUUACUGUGGCAACCAGGGGUGAGGAACCAUACAGGUCAGAGGUCAGGUCAGAGGUCACACCCAGGAUCAGGAAGAUCAAGUCUGCCCCGCCUCCUCCGGAGUACAAAGGUUUCAGUGCAGCGGCGACCAAGUACAGAACCCAGGACGGGAAGGUCGUCACGGAGACAGAACUGGCACAGCAGCAGGGCAAAGGUCACACAGGGGUCAGAGGUCAGGGCAGCAGGGAGACAGCACCAGCAAGGAAGGACAAAACAAAAGCUCAGUCCAGACCAACCCCCCGCCCUGCCUCUGCUGCUGCCACCACCAAGUCCCCCAAACCUCAUAGAAAGGUUGGAGCUCCUCAGUCGGCUAAAACAUCCAGGCCUUCUAAAAAAGGCAUCAUCACGACGUCAGCGUGGCGUGAGGGUCAGAAGGCAGCGCUGAAGGUCCUCGGUCCUCCCCCGAAACUCCCCAAACGCUCCUACUCCCCCCCGACAAAGGACACACAGACAUCAACUGCCUCUGAAUCCAGCUCUGUGGCAGCCAGGAAGGUAGCUAAGGAGGAGAGAACCAUCGCUAGUGACAAAGACAUGUCAUCAGAUGACGACCUAUCCCAGCAUCCUCUGGAGGACCUAUCCCAGGAUCCUCUGGCAGCGAUGGAUGAUGGGAAGGCUCCCAACACGGAGGUCCUGUCUAAGGAGGCCAGAGGGGUGUUUGAUGAUCUACAACUGGACAAGUCUGAUGAUGAUGACUCGAGCACGCUAAAGUCAGAACAGCCGGCAGCACCAGACAAACCUGCAGCUCAGAAAUCUGCAGCACAGACCAAACCUGGCAAGGCAGCCAAGAGGAAGGCAUCCAAGGCCUCUCCUGUGAAAGAAUCGGAGCUCCCUGCGACCAAGCUACGUCACUACGACCACAGCGAGGUGCGGCGGUACAUGAACAAGAAGCGAAAUGAGAGACAGCGGAAACUUAAAGAACAGAGAGAAGCUCAGAAGAAAGCCGAGGAGGAGAAACAGAAGAUGCUGGAUGAACUGGAUAAGAAGAGGAGGGAGGGAUGGAGGGAGCAUGUGAGGGAGGAGAGGAAGGGCAAGCCAAAGGGCAGCACUUUUGUCAAACCGACUGUGAGAGACGCGGAGUUGCCCAAACGACACCCCUUCCACGAGGACAGGAGACCAUUGUGCCGGCCCGUGGUUAGUGAGGAGUCAGAUAAAGAGAACGCGGGGCGCCGGGCAGAGCGACCCUGGAGCGGCUCCAGUGCUUCUGUGUCCAGCGAGGACAGGACACCUGUCAUCACACCUGAGGCAGACAGAUCCCCCGAGCCACCAGCUGCUGGUCCAUCCAGAACAUCAUCAGUACCCCCUGCACCCUCCGUAACCAUGACAACUGUUCCCCCGGCAACCACCGGCCCCUCCAUUUCCAUCCGGGGAAUCCCCUCCGGGCCGCGUGAGGCCGCCGCCCCGCCGGACCGACCAAUCAGCUUCCAUGAUGCGUACAUCGAGCAGCUUCACGGGAAGCAGCCGGACGUGUCGUCGGCGCGGGCGGGCGGGGCAUCGCUUAGCAACGGGGGGUACAGCAUCGCGGGGUCCAGGCUGUACAGCUCUACAUACUCCAGAUACCCCAUCGGAGGUUACCGCAGUUCCUCAGGCCGGAGUAAGGCUGAGCGUAUCGCUGCACUUCAGGCCACGGCAGAGUCUCUACAGGACAGGAUCGAGACGGAAGCUCGCAGGAUUGUGGAGGGACUGGAGGGAAAGGAGGCCUCACCACCUGGUGCAGGGCGGUGGGCCUACAGCAGGGCGGAGACAUCUCCACGACAACAGACAGGUGUUCUGCCAGGUACAGGUGUUGUCUCAGGUCCUGCUGCCUCCUCCAGAGACUACACAGCCUUUACUGGAGACCUGCCUGGUGUGAGCAGUAUUACCCAGCAUGCAGCUGACUCGGAGCGUGACAGACAGCAGGUUGCCGCGGCAACUAAGAUCCAGGCAGCAUAUCGAGGUCACCACGUCCGACAGGCGCUCGACUGGAGCAUUCCAUCCGGGCGCACCGCGGGGGGAGGCAGGACCCACCUGGGGUUAUCAGCUGUUGAUGAGGAGACCAGAAGUAACACCUCCAGCCUGAGCGAGGGGCGGCUUAGUGGGGGGUCCCUGUCGGAGGGAACUCUCACAGACUCCACCGUAGACAGCACAAGACAUGAACAGCCUCCUGGCAGGAAGAUUGCAGACACAUUAAGUAAGCCCGAGUUCUGUGCUUCCACAAAGAAAGAAGAGUCCCACUACAAGCCCCUGGAGCCGUGGAAGCCUCGAGAGGAGCCAGUCAGGAGGAAGUACCCAUGGGAGGAGCCGAGGGGGGACAGCCUCAGUGUUAUCAACAUCUACACACGGCAGUAUGAGGAGGCAAGGAAAGCGAGACAUGCCCAGUCCGAGCGGCCGAAGUCCCGAACCCCCUCCCCCCGCACCGCUGACCCCUACAGGAAUGACCUGACCUCCCCACGACCCGAUGACCCCUACAGGAACCCCUCCCCUCGACCCGAUGAGUACGAGGACGACUUCACCAGCUCUGCGACCUCACGACCUCUGACCCAACAUGGCAGCAGGGGGUCAGGUUACAGGGACGACAGGCUUCACCCUACCAACGGGGCCAAAGGUCAUAGCUACGGGUCAGAGAGAGGUCAUGGGUCAUUGUCAAGGGAACCUAUCGGCAGCAGCCAUCACUCCAAGCCAAUCGGGAGAGAGGGCACGGGAAGGUCAAGUCACUACUCAAGGUCAGCUCAAGACAAGGAUGAAGACACCUUAAACUCCUCUUUAACUCUAAGUUCUGAGGAUGAGCAGCCCUCCCCACAGAGACAACCCCUUCACAGCCACCAGUCUUCCAGGAGCCACACAGACCCCUCCAGAGCCUCAGACCCCCCUCGAACUUCGCCCCCUCGAAUAUCUGACCCUCCUCGAACCUCGCCCCCUCGGUUCUCCCCCGUCACCAUCGACCUUCGCUCCCGUUCCCCGAUCAACGGUGCGCGGAGGAAGACCCCCUCCCCCACUGACGGGGUGCACAGGAAAACCCCCUCGCCCAUCGAGGGGGGUACCCGGAGGGGGGUGUACUCGCCGACAGAGGGGGCCUACAGAAGAACCCCCUCCCCAGUAGAGGGAAGGAGAGACUUUGCGACGAGCAGAUACGACAGAGAUGUACCAAGAUCGUCCUUUAGGCCCCUGCCCACGUCCAGUUCCUACAGCGUGGGUUCACGCUACUCCCCGGCUACCCUGGGAAACCGGAUGGCAGCAGAGCUGAACUAUCUGGAGUCUGUGGAAGAGUCGGUACGGCAGCUGGGGGAUGUGGAACGCACGCGGGGCGUGGGGAUGGCUCAACAGGAGUCUGUAUCACUCGCACAGAUACUCAAGGCCCGUCAGCAGCAGCACGAGCGAGAGAUGGCCGAGCUGACGAUGAAGGCUCGGCAGGAGGCGGUGGAGGCGAGUCGGCAGCUCGAGGACGCGCGCCGGAAAGCAGCCAGCACCGCCGCCGAGGCCGCCCAGGCCAUCGCACACGUGCGGAACGAAGCAUCGUCAACCAUUAACGAGUCGGCGAGGAAACUCAUGGAGACGCAAGCCGAGGCCACGAGGGCAACGGCAGAGGCCGCUAAACAACUGGCAGAGGCGAAGACUGCCUCUCUGGAGCAGACCUCGGCCCUGCAGGCUCACGACGCAGGCAGGCUGGCCACGGAGACAGCAACAGCCGCAGCCACAGCAGCUGUCACCGCAGCCAUGGAACAGCAGAACAGGCAACAGGAGCAGCUGCUGAAAACCCUGCAGCAAGGCAGCCAGCCUUACAGAUCCCGUGACCCCCGAGACAGAGCCCGCCCGGACACGCGGAGCUCCUACAGCAGCAGCUACACCACGACAGACUACGACAGCUCCAAGACGUCUCCUGCCAAGACUUCCCUCUCUAAGACUCCACCUUCUGUAGAUGACAAACCUCCUGCCAAAACACGGCCAAGGUCACCUCACAAGUCUGAGGAGCAUACAGACAGUAUCAGCGAGGACAUCCCCACGGCCAGCGACCAAUCGCAGCAGGCCUUGGGUCGCCAUGGGAACGACACGCAGUCUUCCAUCGGUGAGGAGCUUCCUUCAGGAGCGGCAGACGUCUCCAAGGACGAGAGCAUCGCUGAGGAGAUACCUGAAGACAAAGUGUCUGUCUCCGGCAGUGAGUACAGCUACUCCAUGAAGUUUGAUGAGUCCCUGACGGAGUCUGAGAUGGAGGAGAUGUCCUUUAAGAUGCUGCUCCCGUCCGAGAGCCACCGCAGACGCAGCAUCGGCGGGAAGAAGCAGAAAACGCCGGAGGCGAGCCCCCGGGACCAGUCAGAUGCAGCGUCUUACUCGUCUGACGAGCUCCACUCGACUGUCGGAUCAGGAAAGUUCACGUUUGAAGGAGCGAGCUCACCAUUUUCUGCGGAGGAUUCCUUCAGCCACUUCAUGUCAGACAUGGUGCAGCAGUACAUGCAUGAGGAGGAGGUCAGGGCAAGGCAUCAGGCCUCCUUACUACGCCUGAGAGAAAAAGCCCUGAAGGAGAAAACCAAGGCAGAACUGGACUGGCUGGAGCACCAGAAGAAGAGACUGAGAGACAAGGGUGCGGAUGACAGCAUGCCGCCCAUCAGGAAAAGACAGCGAGGCCUGAUGCUGAGAUUACAGACUGAACAGGCUGAGAUCAAGCGCCUGCGUGAGGCUAACAAAGCGGCGAGUCGUGAGCGUCAGCUGCUCUUCAUGCAGCAACAGGAGAUCAUGAAGAUGAGGCAGAGCACAGCCGCCAUCAGGGAGAAAAUCAGGCACAGGAAGAAAGACACAGGAGCGUCAGAUGAAGAGAUCCCAGAGGAGUUGUCAGAUAAGCUGUCUCCUGCAGACAGGAGUGCGGCGGCCGGGCCGGGAGACGUCUCAGCAGACACACCCAGGGACAGGAAGGACUCCGUCUCAGACGCUGAGGCCAAGAUGCUGCAGAAACUCAAGAAGAUGCACGACCCCAAGGACGAAAGAUACCUGACAACCCGUGAGCAGAAGCUUCAGCACCGUAAGAAGAACGCGGAGGACCUGUUGGCAUGGAAACAGCAGCUGGACGCCGAGGAGAAGAAGGUCCGCUCGCUGGAACGGCAGGCGCUGUCCGUCUGGGGUCAGGACGUCAAGGGUGGCAAAGACAAGUCAGCCGCGUCCCCCCAGCCCAAAGUCCCGGCCUCCCCGGACAGCGUGGUGACGGAGAGCGCCGCGACCCCCGCUGACCCCUCCAGGACGCACCGCCGUUCCCAUAGCAACCAGAGUGAGAGCUCCAUCGCCGAGGAGGUCGGGAGUCGCUCCUCCUCUAUACCGGAGGAGAUCGGCACCGAGUCUAACGGGGACAAACCCAGACCCCACGAUGUGUCUAGUGAUGACACAGGACAGAACAGCUCCAUAGGCGAGGAGUACUCCAACUCAUUCGAGUCUCCCGACACCGCCAGGACUGCCAGCAAGGGGCCGGUGCGUACCCCGCCUCCCCCCAAGCUUGACCUGGGGAAGCCUGCUGGAGUACGGACGCGGGAGAGUCUGGUGUCUCCGAGAUCACAGAAAGUUCCGGGGAAGAGGAGGGAGUCAGAGAGCGGGUCUGAAGGGGAGUCCAACCCUCACACACCCUCAGAGACAGCGUCAGACCAGAGUGACAUCGAGGGCCGGAUCCGCGCGCUGAACCAGGAACUCAAGCAGAGGAAGAUGGUGGCCGAGCGACUCAAGAAGGAGGCGAAACGACGGACAAGGGAGAAACUGAAAGCUCAGGAGGAGGCCCUCAGGAAACAACUGGAGGCGUAUGACAUGUUCAUAAAGAAGACGACAGAAGACCUGGAGCGGGAGCAGCGAGAAGCGGAAAACGUUGUCAAGCCGCAGAUCAAACAGCCCCGCCCAGCCGAGUCGCCACGACGACUGAAAACCCCGCCCGAUAUCAGCCCUCGCAGCCAAUCAGACCUCACCAGAUGGAAGCAGCGUAGUGAGUCAGAGAGCAGCCGGUCCAGUAAGUCCAGUUUUGAGGAGGAGUCGGCACAGAAGGACCACACAGACUCCAUCACCAUGCCAACGCCAGCCAGCAUCCAGCCUACACCACGGUCCCCGGCAGAAGAGAAGAGACUGAUCAGCCCCCUGCCAUCUCCCACCCGUCCUGAAAAGCUAGAAGAAAUCCGACCGCGGCGGCUGGAGGGGAUCCACCUGGAGCUCAGCAAACUGGAGCCGACGGAGAAAUCCCCGCGUGACACCCGAUCCUCCGUGUCUUCCAUCGCCGAGGAGAUCCCCACGGAGCCAAGUUCCGCUCGCACGGCGAGGUCCGAGGGUUCGGAGCUGUCUCCUCGCGUCAAGCACGUGGUGGAGUCGCGGAAACUCGCAAAGGAGCUGGAGGAAAAGUCGCGAAUGCAGCAGGUGAAGAAGAAGGCAGAAGCUGAGGAGGAGCCUGAGAGUGACUCGUCUCAGAAGAGCGACCACUCCUUCACGUCCUAUUCCACCUCAGCGUCCCGGCAGUCCCAGCGCACUCGCACCGUCAGCGAGAAGUCAUCCGACCAGAGCUACAGCGACGACUUUGAGGGGUCGCAACGCAGCUACAGGAGCAGGUCUGACCGCAGCCCGAGUGUUACGAGCGAGGAGGAGAUCAGCGAGCACUUCAGCGGCCAAUCAGCACGCAGCACGGCCAGCUCACAGCAGUCAAGACACGAGCUCUUCAUCGACCUGAAGACAGAGCUGGGACCGGCAACUCCCAGCAAAACUACAGAAGAAACAGCAGAAAGCGAUGAGGACAGAACUCCAGUCGCGUCACCGGCGGAAACCCCGACCCCACGCGACCGCCGAGCGGAAAUCGACACGAGCACGCCAAUUAUCGUCGACCCUCUCGCGGAGUACAAACUCGGGGAUAACGUCGUUGUGGAUGGAGACAAGGCGGGCAUUUUACGGUUUAAGGGCCCGACAUCAUUUGCGCCAGGGAUGUGGGCGGGCGUGGAGCUGCGGAAAGCGAUCGGGGACUCGGACGGUUCGCGGGACGGCAUGCGGUACUUCUCCUGCGCGCCGGACCGCGGCGUGUUCGUCACCCCCGACAACCUCAAACCCGCGCUCGAGGAGUACACCUCCGAACGGGAAGAAUCCGUCGCUGAGGAGAUCCCAGAACAAACCGACCGGACGGAUUCCGACGUAGAAACCCCUCGCCUUAAACUCGACUUUGCGGAAAGCGAGAAAGACUUCGCCCCGAGGAGAGAACGGACGUACUCGGACGACUUCGACACGCCGCGGUCGAUCCCGGAAUCCCGCGAGAGAUCCCAGAAGGACGAGGAGCCGGAUUCGGAGCAGAUCUCGCUCCACAGCAGCGACAGUGAACUUGAGAAGGCCAUCAGCUCUGCAGCAGCCGCCGUCGAGUCGUUCGCUCUCGAGUCACCCGAGGACACUCCGCGGGGAGCCUCCAAGGACCUCGCCGAAACGCCUCGCGACGCUUCAGACUUACCAAAAGACUCUUCUGAAGAGAAAAAGGACAAACUCGUAGACGACAUCACAGACGAUCUAGCCUCCAUGGUCCUCCAAGACUCUCUCUCCUGCAUCACAAAUCUUGCAGAAAGCAGGCAGGCCGAAGCCGAGGAGCUUGACGAAAGGACUCCCACGUCCUCCCCUCGGGAUAAGGACAACAAGCCGCACACGCCGCUGUUAGACCUCCUGUUACGGGAGCACGAGAUCCAGCAGAGACGGGCGGAGCGCCCCCCUCCUGCAGCGCCGGACACCAGCCCGGAGGUCACGCCGCGCCAGCAGGCUGAGAAGUUCUCCGAGUCGCUCGUCACAGGUCUGUUCUCCGACGCCAUCUCCGACAUCCUCAACAUCAGGAAGCACAAGCAGAGAAUACGAACGGAUAAACGUCGUCCUGACGUGGUAACCAGACUGGAAGAGGCACGGGACCAGGACGACAGUUUGGACGAUGAGCUGAACGAGCUGCAGCUGCCCAGCUCGCCGCUGGACCCCGUCCCGCGGCCCAACUCGCCCGUGGAGCUGCACCCGCGGCCGGGGUCGCCCGUGGAACUGCACCCGCGGCCGGGGUCGCCUGUGUUCGGGGAGAAGCUGGAUGAGUUCCAGGCGCAACUUGAUGACAUCCUCAGCACCGACCAGACAUGGUUCGAGGAGGACGGCAUCUUCGGCCUCGGCAACAGAGGUGCGCAGAAGGGCCAGGGAGCGUCUAAACGUUCCCCGGAAAGCCAGGAGCCUCCGCAGUCCCAGAGAACCUCUCCCCAUAAACUGGACCUGCAGAAGGUCACUGAUGACGUCUUCUUCGCAAUACCACACAACGAGGAGGAGGUGCGAAGCCUGGUGAAGUCGUCCGUCCAGGUGUUCCACAACAACCGUGAGUACGGCGACGACCUGGCGCCCAUCGCGACCCCGCGCGACCUCCUCAGCAACGACACGCCCGGGAACGACAUCGAGAGCCUCAGCAAGCGCAGCUACAAGAAAAUCAUCUUCGACCUCAGCGGCGAAAUCUUCAAGGACAUCUACGCCGAAGAAAACGUCGAGACGCCGCCGGUCUGGAUGAAGCCGAAGAAAUCACAGAGGAAACAUUUCCGUAGACGGCCGCCAGGAGGACUGGAGGAGCUCACCAGCGUCAUCCAACAACGUGUCUUAGUCCUCCUCGGUCUUCAGCCUUCUAAGAAGCUGCAGCACACCACCAAGUUCUUAAAGAUGGGGCGGAAGAAGAAAGACCAGGUGGAUGAGAUUCUGAUUGAGGAGCUGGCCACAGAGGAGCCAGAGUGGGUGAACUACGAUGAUGAUGAACUCGCCGUAAAGCUUCAGCUUAGCGACUCCAUCUUUGAGAACCUGUUGUCUGAAACCGUGCAGUUGGUCAGCGAUAUUUCCCUGAGGAAAGUUGGAUCACAUGCACAUCUUUGAGAAUCUUUGAUCUCA